AUCAUUGAAAGGAACAGCCCCCAUGCGUCGACAGAUUCUGGAGUGCACAAAGCGGCAACCUCGUCCACUGGCCACAGUCAUUGUGGUUUCUGCCGGGCUCCGUUGGUGACGUUUGCCUAAUAUUCUUCUGAAUUUUCAUUGAAGAUAACGAUGGCCGAUGGAAAGAACCCUGAUGAUUUGGCUACAGCGAUUUUGCGUCGCAAGGACCGUCCCAACAGGCUUCUUGUUGAAGAGGCUGUCAAUGAUGACAACUCAGUAGUAGCUCUGUCUCAAGCCAAAAUGGAUGAGCUGCAGUUAUUCAGGGGUGAUACAGUUCUCCUUAAAGGGAAACGAAGGAAGGAAACUGUUUGCAUUGUCCUUGCCGAUGAGACUGUUCCUGACGAGAAAAUAAGGAUGAACCGCGUUGUGCGCAACAAUUUGAGAGUUCGCCUAUCUGAUGUAGUUUCAGUCCAGCCAUGCCCUGAUGUCAAAUAUGGCAAAAGGAUCCAUGUCCUACCAAUUGAUGACACUGUCGAAGGACUGACUGGCAAUCUGUUUGAAGUUUACUUGAAGCCUUAUUUCUUAGAAGCAUAUAGGCCCAUCCACAAGGAUGAUGCUUUCAUAGUACGCGGAGGUAUGAGAGCUGUUGAGUUCAAAGUAGUUGAAACUGACCCAUCCCCGUACUGCAUUGUGGCACCAGAUACUGUCAUUCAUUGUGAUGGUGACCCAAUCAAGAGGGAAGAAGAGGAAGAAGCUUUGAAUGCAGUUGGAUAUGAUGACAUUGGUGGCUGCAGAAAGCAGCUUGCACAAAUUAAGGAAAUGGUUGAAUUGCCCUUGCGUCAUCCUAGUCUGUUCAAGGCUAUUGGUGUGAAACCACCUCGAGGUAUUCUACUGUACGGACCUCCUGGUACAGGAAAAACAUUGAUAGCGAGAGCUGUGGCUAAUGAGACCGGUGCUUUCUUCUUCCUAAUCAAUGGACCAGAGAUCAUGAGUAAGCUGGCUGGAGAGUCUGAGAGCAAUUUGAGAAAAGCCUUUGAAGAAGCUGAUAAAAACUCUCCUUCCAUUAUUUUUAUUGAUGAGUUGGAUGCCAUUGCCCCUAAAAGAGAGAAGACGCAUGGCGAAGUUGAACGUCGUAUUGUUUCUCAACUUCUCACUCUUAUGGAUGGUCUGAAACAAAGUUCACAUGUUAUUGUGAUGGCUGCAACCAACCGACCCAAUUCAAUUGAUGGAGCUCUUCGUCGCUUUGGUCGAUUUGACAGGGAAAUUGACAUUGGUAUUCCUGAUGCCACUGGUCGUCUGGAGAUCCUGCGAAUUCACACAAAGAACAUGAAGCUUGCAGAUGAUGUCGACCUAGAACAAAUUGCUGCCGAAACUCAUGGUCAUGUUGGUGCUGAUUUGGCCUCACUUUGCUCAGAAUCUGCUCUCCAGCAAAUUCGUGAGAAGAUGGAUCUAAUUGAUCUUGAUGAUGAUCAAAUUGAUGCUGAAGUUUUGAACUCUUUGGCUGUCACAAUGGAGAACUUCAGGUAUGCCAUGGGCAAGAGUAGUCCUAGUGCUCUGCGUGAGACUGUGGUUGAAGUGCCAAAUGUCUCAUGGAAAGACAUUGGAGGAUUGGAGAAUGUCAAGCGUGAGCUCCAAGAACUUGUCCAGUAUCCUGUUGAACAUCCUGACAAGUUCCUUAAGUUUGGCAUGCAGCCAUCUCGUGGUGUCUUGUUCUAUGGGCCACCUGGUUGUGGUAAAACACUCUUGGCCAAGGCUAUUGCUAAUGAGUGUCAGGCUAAUUUCAUUUCUGUGAAAGGACCUGAGCUGCUUACAAUGUGGUUCGGUGAAUCUGAAGCCAAUGUAAGAGAUGUGUUCGACAAGGCUAGAUCUGCUGCGCCUUGUGUUCUCUUCUUUGAUGAGUUGGAUUCCAUUGCCAAGUCUCGAGGUGGUAAUGUCGGUGAUGCUGGCGGCGCUGCUGACAGAGUUAUUAACCAGAUUCUUACUGAAAUGGAUGGCAUGGGUGCUAAGAAAAACGUCUUCAUCAUUGGAGCUACCAACAGACCAGACAUCAUUGAUCCCGCCAUUCUCCGUCCUGGAAGACUUGAUCAGCUGAUUUACAUUCCCUUGCCAGACGAGAAGUCUCGAGAGGCCAUCAUCAAGGCAAACAUGCGGAAGUCUCCUGUUGCUCCUGAAGUGGAUAUGACAUACAUUGCCAAGGUGACACAUGGCUUCUCUGGUGCUGAUUUGACUGAAAUCUGUCAACGGGCAUGUAAGUUGGCUAUUCGCCAGUGCAUUGAAGCGGAGAUCAGGAGAGAACGUGAGAGAGCUGCUAAUGCAAAUGCUGCUAUGGAUAUGGAUGAGGAGGACCCAGUUCCAGAAAUCACAAAGGCUCAUUUUGAGGAAGCCAUGCGCUUUGCUCGGCGAUCAGUUUCUGAUAAUGAUAUUCGCAAGUAUGAGAUGUUUUCACAAACACUCCAGCAGUCCCGUGGUUUUGGAACCAACUUCCGGUUCCCCAACGCAGCACCUGGAAAUACCGCUGGUGGUGGAACUGGUGGUGACCAAGGUGGUACCUUCCAAGAUGACGGUGAUGAUGACUUGUACAGUUAGAUUUAUAAGUGUUUUUUUAGGUCAUUAUUGGUGUCAGCUUUGCCGAACAAGUCUUUGAAUUUCCAACUCUCGGAAAUAGGCUUUGGGCUUAUGCUGUGAUCAUCAUAGUAUGCAUAAAGUUCUCAUAUAAUUUUUCUAUUUGAAAUAGAUUUUAACAAAGAGAAACCAUAUAAGAGGGAGAAUGAAUGAGCAUUUAUGUAAUGUCCUUUCAAAAUGUGCAAUUUUCAUCAGUUUAGCUUUUAAUCAGGUGUUACCAACAGCUAAUUCAUUUUAGAAAGUUUUAUUUGGAUCCAGAUCGUAACUAUAUCUUGUAAGUUGGAUUAUAACCCUGUAAGCACCAUUUUUCAACAAAUAAAUCUGCAAAAAGGAAUCCAAACUAA